AGUACAAGAUCCGUUGUAAAAUAACUUAUGUAUAAGAAAGAGAUAGUGGAGCUUGCAUUUGGAUUACAAAGUUUGGUUCUCUAUGGUUUCAGUAAGAUAUACCAAAACCAAUCUUGCAAAAUGUAUUUGAUUCUUGCAUCAGUAGUUAAAGCUUAAAAUUAUUGGUAAUAUUUUUUGGCCUCUGGAUAUGACAAACUUGAAUCGGAAACUAGGAUUGGUUGAGUUAAUGGAAGAAAAAUUUUAAAUCUUUGAAAGAAAAAAGAUAAAAAGAAGCUAUUUUACACUGAGCAUAGAGCUCAUGUAACUGGUACACAGCAAGCACAGAGCUACUUACUUUUCUUAUUUUCUUCUCUCUCUCUCUCACUCUCUCCGAUUUGCAGACUAACCUUUGUAAUCGUUUAACAAACUUUAGAGAUAGCGGGAAUGAAAAACCAAAAUCUCGGCAGCCACAGCAAAGAAGGGAUAUAUAUAUAAAUGAAUGAAGAAGUGAAUGAGGAUUUCGAAGUGGAGGUUGUGUCUCAUCAUCAAACGCCAAUAUUCAGGUUCAAGUAAACCCAGCCAAUAUUCAGGUUCAAGUAAACCCAGCCAUUAUUCAGGUUCAAGUAAACCCAGCCAAUAUUCAGGUUCAAGUAAACCCAGCCAUUAUUCAGGUUCAAGUAAACCCAACCUCACAGCCUGGUUCAACAAAUACGUGGACAAAGCCGAUGUCUCUUCGUGGAACUCGGUCAUUGCAGACUUGGCUCGGAGCGGUAACUCCGUCGAAGCCCUCCGAGCCUUUUCGUCAAUGCGAAAGCUCUCUCUCACCCCCAACCGCUCCUCCUUUCCUUGCGCCAUCAAAUCCUGCUCGGCUCUGUUGGAUCUUUACUCCGGCAGGCAAGCCCACCAGCAGGCCUUGGUUUUCGGCUUCGAGUCCGAUCUUUUCAUCUCCUCUGCUCUCAUUGACAUGUACUGCAGGUGCGGUUUAUUGAGGGACGCAUGGAAGUUGUUCGACGAAAUUCCUCGCAGAAAUGUGGUCUCUUGGACGUCCAUGAUCACAGGCUGCUUGCUAAACGACCACACCCACCAAGCCUUGUUGCUUUUUAAGGAGUUGUUGGUCGAUGAAUUUGACAAUGUGGACGUUUCUUUAGAUCCGGUUGUUCUGGUUUCGGUUUUAUCGGCUUGUUCUCGUGUAUCCAGCAAGGGACUUACCCAAUGUGUUCAUGGGUUGGUGAUGACAAGGGGUUUUGAUGAGGAUUUAGGAGUUGGAAACACCUUGAUGGAUGCAUACGCCAAGUGCGGCGAGCUCGGUCUGUCUAGGAAGGUGUUUGAUGGAAUGGCUCAAAGGGAUUUGGUUUCUUGGAACUCCAUGAUUGCAAUAUAUGCACAAAGUGGAUUGUCUAAUGAAGCAUUGCAUGUUUUCUAUGGGAUGGUGAAGGAGGGUGACUUCCUCUACAAUGCAGUGACAUUGUCUGCUGUGCUGUUAGCCUGUGCGCACGCUGGGGCUCUGCUAGUGGGGCAAUGCAUACAUGAUCAGGUUGUAAAAAUGGGCUUGGAAGAGAAUGUGAUUGUGUCUACCUCUAUUAUUGACAUGUAUUGUAAGUGUGGAAGAGUUGACAUGGCAAGGAAGGCAUUUGAUUGCAUGAAGGAGAAGAAUGUCAAGACCUGGACUGCUAUGGUUGCAGGUUAUGGAAUGCAUGGUCGGGCCAAGGAGGCUUUGGAAGUCUUCUACAAAAUGAUAAGCCAUGGCAUUAAGCCAAAUUACAUAACAUUUGUGUCGCUUCUAAAUGCUUGCAGCCAUGCUGGUCUAUUAGCAGAAGGAUGGUAUUGGUUUAAUACCAUGAACCAUGAAUUUGGCGUAAAACCUGGGAUUGAGCACUAUGGGUGCAUGGUGGACCUUCUUGGGCGUGCCGGUGAUCUCACUAAGGCUUAUGAUUUAAUAAAAGGAAUGACAAUGAGGCCAGAUUCUGUGGUCUGGGGUUCCUUUCUUGGGGCUUGUAGGAUACACAAAAACGUGAAGCUUGCAGAGAUUUCUGCUAGGAAACUGUUUGAGUUGGAUCCAAAUAAUUGUGGGUACUACAUCUUGCUUUCAAAUAUAUAUGCCGAUGCUGGGAGAUGGGAAGAUGUUGAGAAGAUGAGACUACUAAUGAAGAAUCGUGGACUGGCUAAACCGCCUGGAUUCAGUGUGGUUGAACUGAAAGGUAUGGUUCAUUUAUUUUUAGUUGGAGAUAGAGAGCAUCCUCAGCAUAAAAAGAUUUAUGAGUAUCUGGAAAAACUAACUAUAAAGCUGCAAGAAGCUGGCUAUGCACCUGAUAUGGCUUCAGUUCUUCACGACGUUGAUGAGGAAGAGAAAGAAAUGACCCUGAGAGUUCAUAGUGAGAAGCUAGCUGUUGCCUUUGGAAUCAUGAAUUCAGUACCUGGUACAACAAUUCAGAUCAUCAAGAAUCUUCGAGUAUGUGCUGACUGUCACACUGUGAUCAAGCUGAUAUCCAAGGUUGUAAAUCGGAAGAUUGUAGUCAGAGAUUCAAAACGGUUUCAUCACUUCAGGGAUGGGUUGUGUUCUUGUGGAGAUUUUUGGUAAUGGCUCUGUAAGUAAGAAGUUUGGAUUGGUAGGCAAAUUUGCCUUGACAAACAAGGUUACUGAUAUAGAGAUGUUAUGAAUCAUACUAAAGAAAUUAUUACAGUGUACUUUCUACCGCGCAUUACCAAAAAGGCAUUUCUUUUGUUUGAUCAAAUAUGCUUCAGAAGAUGAGUUAUAUUAAGCAAUGCACCAAGUUCUGAAUAUCUCUCUCGAGUUCUAUGGAGUAUACAGGUUCUAAUUUUGCAUCUUCAGUAUGUUACAGCUCGUCUUCUGUCGUCGGUGCUGCUAAAGUGCUAAUGGUUUGGAUUCGCUUACAUUUAAGAGAAGUUAGUGAACUAGAGACAGAUGAAGCUGUGAACUAGAGACAGAUGAAGCAGUUGCUAUUUCUGUCCAGAUAGAGCUGAUUUUUGCUCUGCAAUUUCAAUAGCCUAGAUGCAGGCAAGGCCUCGUACAAUUUGUAAUUUCCAAAUGUUGAGUUGAUUGUACGGGAAAGCUUAGCGAGAAUUAUUAUUUUAUCAACCAAAAGUGGUAUUAGCUAAUUUUCAGCCCGCCACUAUGAAGGAAAUUGCCAAAUUGGGCGAUCACGUUUAUUUUCCCGA